AUGUCCACAACUGUCGCGAAGGAAUUUUCGGAGGUCCUGAAACUCGCGUCCGACGGCUCGAAAUACCGCAUAUGGCUCGGUCGCGUUGAACGCGCUGCGGGUGCUUGCAAAGCAGAACAUCUACUCAAGGGUGCGGCAGACCCUGCCUUGGCCGCGGAGCUGAAGCUGAACAAACAGAUGCUCAAUACUAUCACGGCAAAAUUUCCGGACUCACUCUUCAAGAAAUACCUCAACUUCAUAGAGGUGCAUUCCGUGAUGUCUGGCCUGAAGGUUGAGUUUGAAACAUCCACGGCUGCCUCUGAGGCGUGGACAGAGGCGAAGCUUUUCUCGCUUCACUGUACAGAUGAGUGCAAGGUCCGUCAGCAUUUGGACCAACUUGCCGAGCUCAAGGACAAGCUAUCCGAGAUGAAUGUCCAGAUCGAGGAUAGGACAUACAUCAAUGCCAUUACAACAUCCAUUCCACGUUCCUUUGCUCCCACCGUCACUGCUAUUGCUACUGCUGUCGACAUCUAUAACUCAACACUAGCGGCAGGUGCAACUGCUCGUGUUGUCAAAUCCAUGGAAAUAAUCAAGGCCCUCCGCACGGAAGCAGACUCACGUGCAGUGCUGAAGUCCACUGACAAAAGCACCACUGCUGGUGCUGCUGUUAUGAGUGGACGUGGUGGAGGAUGA